AAGGCUUUGCCUGAGGGUUUAAAGAAAGCUGCUGCUUUUAAGUCUUCACUUUCCAUGUGCAAACUAAGGAGUAAAUAAUUGUGGAGAUAUGAACGAAAGCCUGGAGGCAAAUGGAACGGCAGUGGCAGUCCCUUGGAUUGAGGCCACCGACGGCAACCGCAGUUUGGAGCUAUCCUCCGAGACUCUGGACUUCCCCAUUAACCCCUGGGACAUAAUGCUGUGCAUGUCGGGGACUGUGAUCGCCUGCGAGAACGCCAUCGUCGUAGCCAUCAUAUUUUACACGCCAACUUUGCGAACACCCAUGUUUGUUCUCAUCGGAAGCCUCGCCACCGCGGAUCUCUUGGCAGGGAUGGGAUUGAUAUUAAACUUUGUGUUCCAGUACUUAAUUUCCUCAGAGACUAUCAGCCUCAUCACUGUAGGGUUUCUCGUUGCUUCUUUCACCGCAUCUAUCAGCAGUCUGUUGGCCAUCACAGUCGACCGCUAUUUCUCUCUGUACAAUGCCUUGACUUACUUCUCAGAAAAGACGGUACUGUAUAUUCACAUCAUGCUAUUCGUUACAUGGGGAGUUUCGCUCUGCUUAGGACUUUUGCCCGUUCUGGGAUGGAACUGCCUGGCGGAGCCAUCAACCUGCAGUAUCGUCAAGCCGUUGACCAAGAGUAACGUGAUUUUGUUGGCAAUUUCGUUUUUCGCCAUAUUUAUCAUUAUGCUAACCCUGUAUUUCAAGAUCUGCAAGAUUGUAUGCAGACAUGCCCAUCAAAUCGCUCUCCAGCAACAUUUUUUCACCACUUCACACUAUGUGGCCACAAAGAAGGGUGUCUCGACACUUGCCAUCAUUUUGGGGACGUUUGGGGCGAGCUGGCUUCCCUUUGCCAUUUACUGCCUUGUGGGUGAGCACGACUACCCGUCUGUGUACACCUACGCUACCCUUUUACCAGCGACCUACAAUUCAAUGAUCAAUCCAAUCAUUUAUGCCUACAGGAACACGGAGAUUCAGCGAUCACUGUAUGUCCUUUUUUGUGGCUGCUUUCAAACUAAUGUGUCUUAUCGGUCGAGAUCUCCAAGUGAAGUCUAA